AUGUCUGCAUGUGCUUGCAUGCUCCGCAGACAAAUUCUACUUACAUUUGUCAAUUUCUUUCUAAUCACAACUGAAGAUGGAACAGGAAUCGAUGCAAACACAUGCCAAUUAUGUGAAAGGGAAAAUCAAUACUUUGCACCGGUACCCAUUUUUUGUAUAUGUUGUGGCCACUCCAUCGGGAGAAGAAAAACAUAUUUCUGCAGAAAAGAUGAGGAAUUUGAUGCCGAGCGUUGCUUUUGCUCCGCCUGUUAUAAUACAUCUAAAGGCGGUUGCAUUGCAUUCAACGGGACAUCUGUUUCUAAGGAAAAUCUUGAAAAAAAGACAAAUGAUGAAGUACUUGAAGAACCGUGGGUUGAAUGCAAUAAAUGCAAAAGAUGGCAGCAUCAAGUAUGUGCACUCUACAACAGCAAAAAAGAUUUAGACUGCAGUGCUGAGUAUAUAUGUGCUGUGUGCCGCUUAAGAGAAAUUGAAAAUGGAUUGCAUGUUCCCUUACAAAAGCCUACUGUUUAUGGUGCUAAGGACUUACCAAGAACCAUGCUUAGUGACCACUUAGAGAAAAGACUUUUUAAGCGUCUCAUGGAAGUUAAAGGAAGUGAGAAUCUUGAUAAGGUUUUAGCAGCAGAAAGUAUUUCUAUUAGAGAAGUGUUAUCUGUCGACAAACAAUUGAAAGUGAAGAAGCAGUUUCUUGACAUCAUCCCAAAAAAUAAUUACCCGGCUGAAUUCUCUUAUAAAUUAAGAGUUAUACUUCUGUUUCAGAAGAUUGAUGGAGUAGAUAUAUGCAUUUUUGGACUGUACGCCAAGGAGUUUGGCUCUGAAUGUGGCAAUCCGAAUCAGCGUUGUGUGUACAUUUCAUAUCUCGAUUCUGUCAAAUAUUUUAGGCCUGAAAGAGUGACUGUGGAAGGAGUAGCACUUCGUACCUUCGUUUACCAUGAGAUAUUGAUUGGAUACCUUGAUUUUUGUAAGAAAAGGGGUUUCUCAAGUUGCCACAUAUGGGCAUGUCCUCCUUUAAAAAGGGAUGAUUAUAUACUAUAUUGUCAUCCCAAAGAGCAAAAGACUCCAAACAAAGAUAAGCUACGCUCUUGGUAUCAUUCAAUGCUUAAAAAGGCUACUGAAGAAAAGAUUGUUGUUGGUUUAACCAACAUAUAUGAUCAUUUCUUUGUUCCUACUGAAAAAGGGGGCUCCAAAGUGAUGCUUUCUCGUUUGCCAUACUUUGAUGGAGACUUUUGGUGUGGUUCUGCAAUGGAAAAAGCGAGGAUCAUUGAAAAAGAGAGUGGAGGAGACUAUGAAAAAAUGUUGAAGAAACAAGUGUCAACUAGAGCUUUGAAGACCAUGGGACAUGUCAAUCCUUCGAAAGACGAUGCUAAAGAAAUUUUGGUGAUGCAAAAAUUGGGUCAAGAUAUAUUGCCUACCAAGGAAAAUUUCAUUGUAGCUCAGUUACAAUAUUCAUGCAUGCAUUGCUGUGAAGUGAUAAUGUCUGGGAAGCGGUGGUUUUGCACUGAAUGUAAGAAAUUUCAAGAGUGUGAAAGAUGCCAUACUUCAAAUGAACACACGUUAAAGAACGGUGAAGUGCAUCCACUUUGUCUGGCCGUUGUUGAUGAUAUCCCCUCCAGCACUAAGCAUAAUGAUACCAUCCUUGAAAAUGGAUUAUUUGAAGAUAGGAACAUCUUUUUGAGCUUCUGCCAGAAAUAUCAGUUUCAGUUUGACACACUCCGACGUACAAAGUAUUCUUCAAUGAUGAUCCUCUACCAUCUAAGCAAUCCUAAUACUAUGAAUUUUGGAAAAUGUUGUAGUAUUUGUUGUGCACACAAUGUGUUCCAAAAGUGCUGGAAAUGUGAGGUUUGUCCAGAUUGUACCAUUUGCUAUGCAUGCUAUAAGGAUAGAGGUGCUGACUGCCACGAACACAAGUUGACUCAAAACGAACACAAGUUGACUGAAAAUAAUUCAACAUCAAACGGAAAAAUGGUACUGAAACAGAAGAAAUUUUUGAAGUAUGUAUCUCAACUUCGGAAUGAUAAGUCAAAUGGGAGAAUGAUGCUGAAACUGGAGAUGACUUUGAAGCAUCUAUUUCAAUGUCCCAGAACUAAUGUUAAACCCUGCCCUAAUACAUCAUGUUGUCAAUUAAAGAAGUUGUUCAAUCAUGCCAAAAGUUGCAAAACUCAUAUUGAAGGGGGAUGCGGGCAUUGUAAAAAGAUAUGGACUAUAUUUAUUUCUCAUUCCAUGGAUUGCAAGGACUCAGAAUGUAAAAUACAACAUUGCAGUGAGUUGAAGAAGCUUUUAGAAUAUAGAGGAAUGCGUUCUAAAUCAUGACAUAGAGCUGCAGCUGUUGAUAGUGACAAACACAGUCAUUGAUCGAUGACUCUUUUGUGAAUAUAUUGUUCACAGACUGUUGUGAUAUUUGAGGAGGGAGUAAGAAACAAUGCAUGCUCAGAAUGUUAGUCUUUCUCAUAUGACUGAAAGUCACAAUGAAAGCAAUGAGAUUGGCAGGAAAGGUAUACUUUCAAUGCGUGAGGUUCCUACUUGGAAGCCAUGAGAUUGGCAGGAAAGAUAUACUUUCAAUGCGUGAGGUUCCUACUUGGAAGCCAUGAGAUUAGCCGGAAAGGUAUACUUUCAAUGUGUGAGGUUCCUACUUGGAAAACCAUGAGAUUGGCAGGAAAGGUAUACUUUCAAUGCGUGAGGUUCCUACUUGGAAAACCAUUUUGAUCAGUAAAAGCUCCUACGACAAAGUUUAAGCAAUAACUAUUUCUUGUAUUUAAACUGCACUCUUUUUCCCUUCAUCAAGGUUUUAAUCCCAAAGGGUUUUACUUGAUAAGGUUUUUAACGAGGCAGUUGGCCAAUUAUUUUGGUCUACAUUGUUGUUACAUUGGGUAUCGGUCUAGUCCCCCCAAAAGUUUUUAUUAUAUUUUAAUAAUAUUAAGUGGAAGUAUACG